CCCCUCCCCCUUUUUGCACUUCUCUUCCAAUGUCCAUCAAGCCGUCCAGCGAGUCGCUCGAGAGCGUUGAAUCCGCGCUCAAAGAGCACCUCCCGCCUGCCGUCUAUGACGAGGUGCGCCGCGUGCUGUACGGCAAGCCCGUUGCUGAGCUGCCCAUUGCGCCAUCCGUUGCGGCGUCUGCGCAGUCCCAGGCCGCGUCCUUUGAGCUGAAGGCCUACUCGAUGGCCGCGCUCGCCACGAAGGAGCAGGUUCGCCAGCCCAGACUCGUCCGCAUCGGCCUCAUCCAGCACGCAACCCCGCUGCCCACCGACGCGCCAGUCCUCGAGCAGAUUGAAGCAAUUCACGCCAAGAUCGGACAGAUGGUCGACACGGCCGCGCAGCUCGGCGUCAACAUUGUUUGCUUCCAGGAGGCUUGGACCAUGCCUUUCGCAUUCUGCACGCGUGAAAAGGACCCCUGGCUCCAAUUCUCAGAGUCCGCUGAGACUGGCAAAACCACCCAAUUCUGCCAGUCCCUCGCAAAACGCUACAACAUGGUCAUCGUGUCGCCCAUUUUGGAGCGCGACGAAGUCCACAACGACACGAUCUGGAACACGGCCGUCGUGAUUAACAGCAACGGACGCGUGCUGGGCAAGCACCGGAAAAACCACAUUCCGCGCGUGGGCGAUUUCAACGAGUCGACCUACUACAUGGAAGGCAACACGGGCCACCCAGUGUUUGAAACGGCGUUCGGCAAGAUUGCCAUCAACAUUUGCUACGGUCGCCACCACCCGCUCAACUGGUUUAUGUUUGCCGUCAACGGAGCCGAGAUUGUCUUCAACCCCUCUGCCACCGUCGGUGCGCUCAGCGAGCCCAUGUGGUCCAUCGAGGCUCGUUGCGCCGCCAUUGCCAACUCGUACUACUCUUGCGGCAUCAACCGCGUCGGAACAGAGUCGUUCGCCAAUGAGUUUACCUCUGGUGACGGCAAGCCCGCGCACAAGGACUUUGGCCACUUUUACGGCUCGAGCUAUGUGACUGCACCCGAUGGCACCCGGACGCCUGGUCUGUCGCGUGUCCGCGAUGGCUUGCUCGUGACGGAGGUCGACCUCAACCUGUGUCGCCAAGUCAAGGACAAGUGGGGCUUCCCCAUGACCCAACGCCGCGACCUGUAUGCGGAAUCGCUGGCCGAGGCUGUGCGCUUGGAUUACAAGCCCCAGAUCAUCCGCGAGAAGCCCGAGUGAUGUGUUUGUGAGGGUGCUGGUUGCUGCUGUCCAAUAAAGCUGCGCGAAACCACCUGAUUGGGCGAUAGGUAUUGAAAUG